AUAUGAAACUGCGAGGUGUGUGCGGCACCCCCCUCUACAUCUCGCCGGAGAUGUAUGAGAACAAACCGUACGAUACCAAAGUGGACUUGUGGGCCAUGGGAGUGACCAUGAUGGUCCUCUUGGUGGGGGUGUACCCAUUCCGCGGCCCAAAUAUCGAGACCAUCUCCAAGGCCGUGCGUUCGCUAACACCGGACUACACCCGCGCCCCGUUGAAUCUUAUAUCGCCCGAUGGUCAGGUGUGUGGUUGA